AUGCAAAAUGUAUCGAGGCAGCAGUUUGAUGAUGCAAAAAAUUCUUACCAUGUACCGCUCAGUGAAUUCCAUGCAGAUGAAUGGAAAAAAGAGGUCACCAGCCAUGCUCAGGGUAAGGAACCUUUUUUUAUGAUUAUUUUCUGUGUGAACUCCUACUUUAAGUCGUACGUUAUUUAUUUAACAUUUACUACCUGUUAUUCAAGGGAUAUCAACAUGUCAAAAACUUUAAUGAAGAUGUUUUCAUUUGUAGAAGCAGAAAUUUUGCAGGGUACUGCUGGUGUUUGCCUACAAGGCGAUAUAGAAAUGUUGGUUUCCAACAUAGAGCUUAUAUCACAGUCAAUGAACAAAUUGCAUGGUAUGUUGGUGUUUUUUUUUUUCUUUGGCUAUUAUUUACGUGUUUUUACAUGCAUAAAGAGAACUAUCCGCAUGCAAUCAGUCUGUGAGGAAUUUGUCUUAGUUUUGUAAAGGGAAAUGAUGGAAGUAAUGUUCAUUUAUGUUUUAUUUCAAUUUGGUUGUACUGAUUUGGGUAAUCGUAGAUGAAUGGAAAAUUUAGCUCAAAGGGAUACCUUUCUUUAAGUGAGUUGUUUGUCAUUUUUUUUAACUUUGUUUCUUUGUUGGUAAUUUUUAAUAUCAAACGCAGAUUCACCCAAGCACAGAACAUGCUUCCCCAGUAAAAUUACUGCUGAGAAGGCAAAACUUACUUCCCGUGUACAGAAGUACCAUGAAGAAAGAGAGUGUGAUGAGCAUCCUUCGACAUCUACUCAGUGUACUUUGUCCGAGAUAAUCAAAGGAAACUUCCCCUGGGGAAAUAAUGAACGUGGAUCUAUUGUUCUG